AUGCUAGGUACGAAAAUAAACUUGCAAAAGAAAAUGCCUGGAAGACAAUUGCUGCUAUUUUGGACAGCGAUGGUUUGUACUAUUGUUCUUCAACCAUUAUGUUCUCUAUAUAUUAUCUUCAUAUUUUCAGUUGUUAGCUGUGAACAAAGGUGGACAAGUUUAAGGGCCAAAUAUACGACCCUUAGGAAGAAAAUUAGGGAUAUCCCAUCCGGGUCUGGAAGUGCAGACAUACCAUGUUAUUGGCCAUAUUAUACCUUACUGAGUUUUUUGGAUCCGUUCUUGCUAACAAGGAAAACUGUGUCAAACUUCAACGUCCAGCCCUUGGUGCAGCCACUUUUCCCUGCUUGGGAUACGUUAACCCAAGUUCUAGAGGCAACAAGUGAGGGGCCUAGUGAAUCUGAUGAUUUUUUGACACCCCUUCCAUCCCCAAGAGAGGAACCCCUAGAGGCCCCAUCUCCCCAUCAGGUUAGGAUACAAAAAACUGCCAGACCCAGUUCUCAGGUCCACCUGGAAGCGAAAAAAAGGAAAACUCCCCAAGAUGAGUUAUGCAGCAAGAUGUCUUCCUGCAUAGAGACUAUAAAUUCAAAUUUGGGGCAAAAAUCUAUCGACAGGGAGUUUGCCCUAAGCCUUGCACAGGAUAUGAAUAUCCUAACGACUGAGGAAAAAAUUUGUUUCAAGAAGAAUGUAUAUGGGUUGCUGGCUGACAUUCUUCAAAAAAGACAAGAAUAA